UUCCUGGACUUGAAUGGUUUGUUUACAACUUCGGAAUCGGUUCCCGCUUGUCUUGUCAACCGCAGCUAAUCUUUCAAAAACAAUCGUGCCAAAAGCGUUUUCUAUGAAGUGGGGUGACAAUGAUUAAGACCGAGAAGGUGUUGCAUUUGAAGAGUUCCCGAGGACGGAGGGUUCGUGUGGUUCGGGAACAUUAUUUGAGAGAACAUGUUCCCUGCUACAGCUCUCUCUGUCAGGCACAAUGCGCCAACGAAGGCAAGGUGCUGUCUGGAGAGGUGACUCACUAUGUGAUGCCUGAUGCUGGCGUGGUGAGAGACUUUAUGGAGAUUCUGGAGUUUAGAGAGAUCCAGGGGAUAGUGUUCACUCAGACUGCCUGCCAGGCUGUCCAACACAGCAGAGGACGCAGGCAGUACAACCGGCUACGCAGCUUGCUGAAGGACCCCCGUCAUCACUGUAUCCUGUUUGCCAACGAGUUCCAGGAGUAUUCCUACUGCCCCAGAGAAAAGGGAGAGCCGCAGGACAAAUGGCAGACCAGGUGUGUGUAUCAUGCUGCAGUGUGGUACCACGACCAUCUGGCAGGUCUGAAGCCAGUAGUGAUGAUCACUGAAGACCAGACCGCUGUGGCAGAGUACAGCAGCCUCAACUGUGGUGUCUAUGUCCUCUGUACACAGGAGUACCUGCAGACGUUCUGGCCGGAGCUGCAGGCUGCCCUGGAGCUGUACUGCUCCAUCGCUCAGGCCCUGCAGGAGAAAGGGAGCGAGGGGACGGAGAGAGAGUACACUGAACACCUGCCUGCCGAGGUCCUGGAGGCUGGCAUUAAGUCUGGUCGAUACAUACAGGGUACUCUGAAUGUGAACAAACACAGGGCCCAACAUGAAGCCUUCGUCCGCUUUGAGGGCUCCUCUAACAAGAGCUCAGAACUGAACACUGAUGUGCUGCUGUGUGGGGGGAAGAAUCGGAACCGGGCGGUGCACGGCGAUAUGGUUGCCGUGGAGCUGUUGCCGAAGGGGGAGUGGAGGGGGAGAACCACGGCCCUGACGGAGGGACAGGGGGAGGAGAAGGGAGACGAGACACAGAGCCAACCCAUGGCCACAGGUCGUGUGGUAGGGAUCCUUCAGAGGAACUGGAGGGACUAUGUCGUGACCUUUCCCCCCAAGGAGGAGACCCAAUCCCAGAGCAGGAACUCCCAGCGUAUCCUGGCCACGCCUUGGGACCAACGCAUCCCCAAGAUCCGAAUCAGCACCCAACAGGCUGACAAACUACAGGAUCACCGGGUGAUAGUGCGUCUGGACUCGUGGGACAGCACCUCCCUCUACCCUAACGGACACAGUGUCAGGGUUCUGGGCCGGGCUGGGGAGCUGGAGACGGAGGUCCAAACCAUCCUCAUAGAGAACUGUAUCCACGUACCUCCUUUCUCUGAGGCGCAGCUGGCUGAGAUGCCAGUGGCCUCCCCUGAGAGCCCCUGGUCAGUAGACCCUGCUGAGGUGAUUACCAGACGGGAUCUGAGACAAACCCACCUGGUGUUCAGCAUCGACCCUCGGGGCUGUGAGGACGUAGACGACACCCUGUCCAUACGCAGCCUCCCCCCCGGCCCGGGGGGUCAGAGGUUAGAGCUGGGCGUUCACAUCGCUGACGUCACACACUUUGUGAAAGAGGGGUCGCUGACGGACCUGGAGGCUCGCGCUAGGGCCACCACCUACUACCUGGCCGACCGCAGGUAUGACAUGCUGCCUGCUGUCCUCAGUGCUGACCUCUGCUCUCUGCUGGGAGGGGUGGACAGGUAUGCCAUGAGCGUCAUGUGGGACCUGGAUGCCCAGACCCUGGCGGUGAACAAGGUGUGGUACGGUCGUACACUUAUCCAAUCCUCCUACCAGCUUUACUAUGAACUGGCCCAGGCUCUGCUCAACGGAGAGGAGGCAGAGGUCCCAGAACUAGCCCAGCUACCACCUUGGGAGAGGGAUGCCAAGCUGGCCCAGCUCACCCAGGCCCUGGAAACCCUCACCCACGUGGCCAGACAGCUGCGUGCCCAGAGGGACAAGGGAGGAGCGUUGGAGCUGGAGGGGGUAGAGGUGAGGGCGCAGCUGGAUGAAGACAAGAACAUCACAGCCCUGGUGCCCAGACAACCACUGGAGGUCCAUGAGACGGUGGCAGAGUGCAUGAUCUAUGCCAACCACUGGGUGGCCCGUAAGAUCCAGGAGAGUUUCCCCCAGCAGGCCUUGCUGCGCCACCACCCGCCCCCACGCCAGGAGUUCUUCAACCAGCUACAGGACAGUGCCCGGGCACGCGGCUUCACCAUAGACACCAGGUCAAACAAGGCCCUGGCUGACUCCCUGGACCGGGCUGUGGACCCCCGGGACCCGCUGGUGAACCGGCUGCUGAGGGUGAUGGCUACCAUGGCCAUGUCUAAUGCCCUCUACUUCUCUACCGGAGCCUGCCAGGUCGACCAGUACUAUCACUAUGGUCUGGCUCUGGAACGAUACACCCACUUCACCUCUCCCAUCCGUCGCUAUGCCGACAUGAUCGUCCACCGCCUGCUCGCCGCAGCCAUCGCCAUGGAGAAGGGGGCGGGGCCAGCCAAGGCCUUAGCCAGUAACAAAGAGUUGGAGGAGGUGGCUCAGCAAAUCAACAACAAGAACAGGGCAGCACAGCAUGCCCAGAAGGUGUCCACAGAGCUUUUCCAGUGUCUCUACUUCAGAGACAAAGACCCAGAGACAGACGAGCGCUGUGUGGCCGACGCGGUCAUCUACACCAUCAGAGCCAACGGCAUGCUGGUCUUCAUACCACAGUAUGGCCUGAAGGGGGCAGUGUACCUGAAGAACAGAGAGGGCCAGGUGGUGAGUGAGAGACAGGAUGGAGGAUGUGACUGGCAGACUGGUUCUCUACAGAGAUACCUGGACCACAUCACUACCACUACUGCUGCUGGCACCUCCACCUUCAACCUGUUCCAACACAUCACCGUGCGUAUCUCAGUACAACCAUCACGUUGUCACUCAGACACAAUCCGUCUGGAAGUGAUCAGCAACAGGCCCCACCAGGCCCCCGAGACUCAGGCCCAGCCCCCCCAGCCCCAGGGGGCUAGGGGCCGGUCCCAGCUGGUCCAGGAGGUGGUUCGGCAGGCAGAGGAGGCUUCUCAGCAGGCGGAGGAGAAGAGGGGCCGGGCCUCCAAACUGUCCAAGGAGGAGAGAGAGUUCAGACAGAGUAAAUGUCCCAACCUCUACUCUCUCCUGGAGGAGGUCAGGGAGCUGGCCUUGCUGGACCUGGCUGCCUGUGGAGCAGGUGGAGGUGGUCUGGGAGCAGCCGCUCAGGCUUGUGCCACGUCAGCAUAGAUGAGGUGGUGGAGAAGUAGGAGGAGGAACAGGUCUGGGAACAGCUGCUCAGCCCUGCGAUACAUCAACAUGGAUGAGGUGGUGGUGGUGGAGCAGGAGGAACAACAGGUCUGUGAACAGCUGCUCAGCCCUGCGAUACAUCAACAUGGAUGAGGUGGUGGUGGAGGAACAACAGGUCUGGGAACAGCUGCUUUGGUCUGCGGUACAUCAACAUGGAUGAGGUGGUGGUGGAGGAGCAGGAGGAACAACAGGUCUGGGAACAGCUGCUCAGCCCUGCGGUACAUCAACAUGGAUGAGGUGGUGGUGGAGGAGCUGGAGGAACAACAGGUCUGGGAACAGCUGCUCAGCCCUGCGGUACAUCAACAUGGAUGAGGUGGUGGUGGAGGAGCUGGAGGAACAACAGGUCUGGGAACAGCUGCUCAGCCCUGCGGUACAUCAACAUGGAUGAGGUGGUGGUGGAGGAGCUGGAGGAACAACAGGUCUGGGAACAGCUGCUCAGCCCUGCGGUACAUCAACAUGGAUGAGGUGGUGGUGGAGGAGCAGGAGGAACAACAGGUCUGGGAACAGCUGCUCAGCCCUGCGGUACAUCAACAUGGAUGAGGUGGUGGUGGUGGAGCAGGAGGAACAACAGGUCUGGGAACAGCUGCUUUGGUCUGCGGUACAUCAACAUGGAUGAGGUGGUGGUGGUGGAGCAGGAGGAACAACAGGUCUGGGAACAGCUGCUCAACCCUGCGGUACAUCAACAUGGAUGAGGUGGUGGUGGUGGAGCAGGAGGAACAACAGGUCUGGGAACAGCUGCUCAGCCCUGCGGUACAUCAACAUGGAUGAGGUGGUGGUGGUGGAGCAGGAGGAACAACAGGUCUGGGAACAGCUGCUUUGGUCUGCGGUACAUCAACAUGGAUGAGGUGGUGGUGGUGGAGCAGGAGGAACAACAGGUCUGGGAACAGCUGCUCAGCCCUGCGGUACAUCAGCAUAGAACUACAUAAAACUUCUGAUUCUGGGUCAGAUUAUUGUGGGGGAGGAAGGGGGCGGUUGAAGAGUAAGGAGGUGCAGGAGGCAGAGUAACAGGUCAACAUCAGCAUAAAACUUUAACACUGACUCAGGAUCAGAUUGUGGUGCUUUUCAUAGACUUAACCUGCAUGCAGACAGACCCUCUGGACUGACCAUCUUACUAUACAUCCUGGGUGUUAUCACCAUGGUUACCAGACUCUACUUAGGCACAUCUUUAGUCUUAUUUGGAAAAUGAACAGAUGAUUGAAGUUGUGAGAUGAGACGGAUGCAUGUAAUAUUAUAUACAUGGAUACACACUGAUUCAGGAACAGCUCUCAACAGGACAGUUACCAUAGAAACAUCUGGAACAAGCAGCAGCUCUGGUCUCAACAGGACAGUUACCAUAGAAACAUCUGAAACAAGCAGCAGCUCUGGUCUCAACAGGACAGUUACCAUAGAAACUUCUGGAACAAACAGCAGCUCUGGUCUCAACAGGACAGUUACCAUAGAAACAUCUGGAACAAAAAGCAGCUCUGGUCUCAACAGGACAGUUACCAUAGAAACAUCUGGAACAAACAGCAGCUCUGGUCUCAACAGGACAGUUACCAUAGAAACAUCUGGAACAAGCAGCAGCUCUGGUCUCAACAGGACAGUUACCAUAGAAACAUCUGGAACAAACAGCAGCUCUGGUCUCAACAGGACAGUUACCAUAGAAACAUCUGGAACAAACAGCAGCUCUGGUCUCAACAGGACAGUUACCAUAGAAACAUCUGGAACAAACAGCAGCUCUGGUCUCAACAGGACAGUUACCAUAGAAACAUCUGGAACAAGCAGCAGCUCUGAUCUCAACAGGACAGUUACCAUAGAAACAUCUGGAACAAGCAGCAGCUCUGGUCUCAACAGGACAGUUACCAUAGAAACAUCUGGAACAAGCAGCAGCUCUGGUCUCAACAGGACAGUUACCAUAGAAACAUCUGGAACAAACAGCAGCUCUGGUCUCAACAGGACAGUUACCAUAGAAACAUCUGGAACAAACAGCAGCUCUGGUCUCAACAGGACAGGUACCAUAGAAACAUCUAGAACAAGCAGCUACAGUUUUUACAAAACAUUUCUCAUGUUCUGUAUUUGAUUGAACACAGAGAUAUAGAAUAGAUUCCACAUAAAUCGAUUCUCAGGCCAUAGUUUUUUCACUGAACUGUAUGACAUCUGACCCUGAGGACAAUGCCAUUGUACAGCCUGGUAUUGUAUUUUAACCUAAAUAUAUUUUUGUAAUAUUUUUGGCAGUUGGCAUCUUGUGAAAAACAAGUAUUUUCAAGUGCUCUAUUCCAUUAUAUAAUGUUUUAAAUGAAUUAAAGUGCAUUACCAAACCUGA